GGAAGGUCAGGUAUAUAUGUCUAUGUUGCGCAGAUUAUCUUCAUCGAACUUCUCCGCAUACUAAAUUGACAUCCUUCCUUUUCCCUAACAUCACGCGAAUAUCACGGUGCUGCGCCAGUGGAUUCCAGCAACCCUUACGACCAGAUCAAGAUGGCCACACCAGCAUCAAAGGAUAUGACCUUCUACACCCCUCGCCUUCUCCUCACCCUCGUCAGCCUCGUCACGGCAAUAGCUCCUUACAUAGCCGACUUUAACACCACGCACGUCUACAACCCCCUCUGGCCCGGCCACGCCCGCUUCCACAACGGCCAGACAAUGUCCAUGGGCGCCUACCUCGGCCUGCUAACUCUCUACAAAACUUGGGUCUCCUCCUCCAACGCCGUCGACGAUCAUCUCGCCACUCCCUGUGUGGUCGGGGCGGCGUACUAUGUUACUCAGGCUUCGGCGUAUUAUUAUCCGGGUGCUACGGCUUGGGAUCCGCCACAGAGUUUUGGGGUCGGGCCGGUGCAUCUUUUUGUUGUUGUGCCCAUGUUGAGUCUUGUGGGGGUGGCGUUUGGAAUGGAGAGGUGGAGGGUUGGGCGUCAGGGGAGGGGAAGGGGGAAGGGGAAGGCGGCGUGA